GGGAGGGAGAAAAGAAGGAGGUGAUUGUUGGGGAGUUAGGAAGAAUGUAUAAAACGAGGGCCAGAGAGAGGGGGAGAGAGUGAAUGAACAGAAAGAGAGCGAAGAAACAUUGGUGGCAAGAUUUCGAAAGCAAUAAAGGACUAUCGAAAAAUCAGAUACCAUGUCCGCCAAUAAGGAUUGUCCACCUCUACUGAUAAUCCUCUUACUGGCCCUUCUUAAUGGCUCCUCCUCCUUUGCCGCACCUUCAGACGUCUCAUGGACCAACCACACAGCCACCCUGCCUCUGAGGCCAAACGGAGACAUGUACGACCUGUUGCAGCUCCACUCAGAUGACUACUACGAUACGUUUACUGAUCUACCCAGUCACCCCCCACCUGCCCCCUCACAGGGCACUAAUCCUCAACCCUGUGACUAUGACCCCUGCCGGGAGCUACAGCCUCCCUGUGCCCAGCUGGCAGCCUCCAGCGGCUGCCUGUGUCCGGGGGUGAGUGGGCCCCAUGCGGCCCCAGAGGCCCCCUACCUGAAGAGACUGUCUAUGGACGGUUCAGGAGUUGUGGUUCAGUGGUGUGCACCCUUUUCUUUCGUGACCCAUUAUGAGGUGGUGGUGGGUGCGCUGGAGCCCUUGCUGUUUGGUGUAGACCAGAGGAGUGGUACUGUGAGGGGGAUGGGGCAGGGGGCAGAGGUGUGUGUGGUGGCGGUGAAUUAUGCAGGAGUCAGUGAGCGUCAGGAGGGGUCCUGUACGAUGUACGAGCCCCCUGGGGACAGCAGUGUGGCCCUCAAAGCUGGGCUGAUCGGAGGGGCCCUGGGGCUCCUGUUGCUCCUCUCACUGGCUGUCCUGCUCUGGAGGCACAGGGCUCGGAGAAAAGCAGAUGCCAGGAUCACCCAGGCCACAGAGGAAACACUAUGAGAGGACUGAGGGGAGGCUAUGGUAGAGGUUGACUCAGGGGUGGCUAUCUAGGGCUGAGAAUAGAGACAUUUUAUUCCUACUCUUAUGGUUAAAAAUAAAAGCUAUGCAGUGUCACACCAAGUUAAACAGAUAUUUAGGAGACCACAUGAUCUCUCGUAACCAGUUACGAGUUACCAGCAGAUGUCUUGAUAAUAGAACAAUGCAGUGAGUCAGUGGUUCCUCCUGGGCCACAUGCAAUUGCUUUGGAGUUGUUAUAAGACUGUUUUGAUAUUUCUAUAUGAUCAGUCCAUAAAUAAUCUAGACCUACAUGCAAAAGUACCUCUCGCGCUUUUGACAAUGAUUUCACAUGAGGCCUAUUUCACAAAUACUUAGGCUCAUAAAUAAACAUGUUUUUCUUUCAAUUAUUUAACUACCUACAUCAUGUUAUUUCAAGUUAUCCAUUUGGAGAGCAACAUCACCUUGAAUUUUAGAACUCCUUUAGGUAUUCGAAAAUGAUCUAUAUAAAACAUUGAAUUCAGCCUUUACUACUCAAGCCCAUAGAAUGGCAUUGAAUAACACAUUCAUGAAUGUUAAAAAAUACAGUAAAAAAAUAUAUUAUAAAGAAUAA